CUGCAUUAGACAACUUCAUUCGCGUGGUGACGGGCCCAGAACGCACUGCCCCAAAAUGUGACCUAGUGUUCCGGGUGACAAAAGAGUUACGUUUCCCCAGGUGUUGAAGACUGACCCGAGGCAAGCGUAGAAAGCAACUUUUAUUUAAAGAAUAGAACAGAGACAGACUUUUCCGCAGAGAAGGGGUCCUAGAGCUGGUAUCCUGCGCAGGGGGUGAAUAUUGUCUUUUUAUUAGUUUCCCGGUUUCUUACUUCUCAUGCCCCCCUCCUUCUGUCCUGCCCAUGUGGGGGGCAAGGGGACAAUUCAGGGUACCUCUCCCCAUUUUACAGUGUCUUCCCCGAGAAGCAGGAAAGGAGCCACCCAGGGACAUCCCCAUUAACAAGUCCCUGCUGGGAGGAAGAAUCCCACCGGAGGCAGGUGAUGUGGGGAAGCGGGUGAGGGGGUAGGUCCUGAAGGUAUUAACUUCAUUUCCAUUGACUCAUCCCCCCCCCCUUCCGUCCCAACCAGAUCAUCUCUCUACACUAACUGCCCAACUUUUGUUCUUGCUUCACUGGGAGGCAGAGCUAGGAGGUCUGCAGCUGGUUAUUCUGAGAAACCUAGAGUUGCAGAGUAGCUCUGUAGGCUGUCCUUUUGUAAAAGAAAUUGCCUGUGAAAGAACUCUGCAUUAGUAAAGAGGGCUGCUCCCACUACCUGGGAAACUGCAGAACAACUUCAUUCACAUCACAGUUCCUCCCUCGCCUUCCCUGACUGUGUCCACCCCAAGCUCUGUCCCUUCCAGGAAUUCUGGUGCUGGGUAACAGCUAACUGGCCCUUCUUCAACUCACAUUUUGUGGACCUGCAGGGGAAGGGGCUCGGGCUGGAGAAGCCUGCAGUCAGAGGCAUGGAGUGUCCUCAGUGCCAGCAUGUCUCCCAGGAGGAGGCCCCCAAGUUCUGCAGCCAGUGUGGACAGAGGCUGCCUCCUGCAACCCCUAGACCAGAUUCUGAGGACGACAGCUCCGUGGUGGCCCCGGCCCUGGAGGAAGAGAUGGAGUGUGGAAAAGUGCUGAAAGAAAAUGGAGACCUGCACUUGUCCCCAGGCUCCAGCGAUCGCCAGGAAAAUGCAGCUGAGCCCAGUUGUGACGACGGGACCUGGACUGUCCAAAGAAGCAAAAGGAAGAAAAGGAAGAAGAACCAGGAUACCUCUGCUUCCUCGGAGCCAAGUUCCUUGGCCCUGUCUGCCUCCAUUCCCCAGAGUCCCAACUCGCCUUCACACCCUGGGUCUCAGGACACAGCCCUGGACCAAAGCCAAGCCCAGCAGGGACAGACUGCCCCGCGCAAGGGUGCAGAGGAGGCUCAGAACAGCCCGGUGCUCCAGGACCACUCUGAAGGAAAGGACCUCCACACCGCCGCGUCCUCUGGGGAUAGUGACCCCUCCCAGGAGGUGUUUGUCCCACCCACCUCUGCCUGUGAAGCCCACCCCAAGGCUGAAGGUGCUGCCCAAGGGCUCCCACUGCCUGAGUCCCAGGGGGACUCUAAGCCUCAGAAGGAUGCCCAGAGGGCCAGGCAGCAGGCGGGGGUCCCAGCCUCUGGGGAAGGUGAGACCAGGGACAGGUUGGCUGCUCCUGGAAAAAAGGCAGGCGAAAACAGCUCAGAGCCCACAGACCAUAGGAAACCGGAAGGGAGUGACAGGAAUUACGCAGCUGCUGUGAAAAAGGAGAAGGAGCAGAAGAACCAGAAGGCCAGUGCGCAGGCCGUGCCCCCCAGCUUGCUGAGCCCCGAGGAGGGGGUCACCGUGUACUUCCACGCCAUCAUCUCCAAGCACUUCGCCUUUGACCCCGAGCUGCACACCGUGUUCAUCAGGGGAGGAGAGGAGCUCGGACGUCCCGGGUGGAGUGACGCUUGCGAGAUGUUCUACGUCGAGGACUUGCGGGAGAACGGGUCCCUCAUCGAGGGCAGCAUUGUCAUUCCCCGGGGGAGCCUGGACAGAGCCAUCCCUUACAAGUACGUCCUGCACCGCGGCCCCAACCAGGCGGUGGAGUACGAGUACAUCUACAAGCAGCCGCAGAGGGCGGGCGAGCAUGUGAACCGCUGCCUGUGCAUCAAGCCCUCCCUCGUGCGCUCCGGAGAUUGGCAUCAGUAUGAUGACAUAAUCUGCAUGAAGCCUCCUGGGAAAUUACAGAAAUUACAGAACUUCUUCAAUGAUAAGACGAAGAAGGAUCUGGUGAAGGGCAAGCAGAUGGCGGCCGAGAUCAUGCUGGGCCGUAUCUUCAGCAUUCUGCAGACCUGGAACCCCAUCAACCUGAAGAACUUCUUCACGCAGUUCCGGCAGUUUUAUUCUGUUGUCCGAGUGCCCAUGAUUUACGAGGGGAAAGCACAGCCCUGGCUUAGCCUGGGCCUCGGAGAGUCGGAGGUGAAGAAGCACCUGUGGAAGUAUUUGAAAAGGCAGAUAGGACCGUUUCUGGAAGGGAAGAGUGGGGACGCCCUGCCUGAAAGCUGCCCUGUGAGGAGCAGGCUGAGGAUGGGCCUGGUGGUCCUUUUCCUGGUGGAAGAUGCCAAACUCUACUUAUCGGAGGGUGACCUGACCUCACUGUGCUCCAUCCUCUGCCCCAGCACCUGCUCCCCAGACGCCCUGCACAGCGACCUCAGCCACAUCCUAGGCGCAUCUGAGAGAUGGCGAGAGUACUUGGUCAACCUGUGCCAAAGGUGCAUGGACGCCAAGGUCAUCGACUGGCUGGGCAUCCUCCCCGUCCUGCACUACUGUAUGCAGCUGGCACCCCCCAGGAAGGACUUUGUGAGUCAGCCCGAGGACACAUGGGCUGCCCUCGAGGGAAUCUCCUUCUCACAGUUUCAGAAAGAAAUGCUAAAUGAGAACCAGUUUCUUAGCUUCAUGGAGAGCAGGAAGCAGUUGCUGUGUGUGGAUGAGUACCUCUUCCGAUCCUGGUUCAGUUUGCUGCCUCUGGGAAGCCUGGUUCCCUAUAUGGAAAACUCCACGGAAUACUUGAGUCUCGUGCCCACUCGGGUCCUGGACUGUUUCCUAGGGACUCACUACAGGCUGCAAGGGCUUCAGGAGAUCUCUUACCAAAACGUAGAGGUUGUUGAGCGUGUUUUCAAUAUGUUGAUCCACCUCGUCGACAUCUACCAGGACAUGAUUCUGGAGAAGACAUCAUUGGAGUCCUAUUUGACCGUGUGCCUGAAGCUUCAUGAAGCUGUCUGCAAGAUCACCAAAACCCCGAAGUAUUUCGAGAUCCCCGCCUUGUCUGCCUGUGUCAUUGGCAGAGUCCUUGGACUUGGUCCUGCUGUGGACAUGGCAGAGGACCCAGGAGCUGCAGCCUGGAAGGGCUCAGUGACAAGUGUCCUGCAGGGUGUCCUGGCCACCACUAGAUCCUGGCUACGCAGGGUGUUUGUGAAGAGCAUGUUCCAGAAACGCUCAACUGUCCAGUUCUCGUAUCCCGAGGAGAUCAAGGUCUGGCGGCGGCUGGUGGGAAUAAACUUUCCUGCAGAGUGUGGCUGGAAGGAAUCGCUGCUGGGCGACAUGGAAGGGAGGCUCAAGCAGGAGCGGCCUGUCUUCCAGAUCUCUGUCUUCUGCAGCACUCUUUGGGAUGCAGCUGGCCUGCAGGACAGUGUGGCCAAGAGGUUUGAGAAGUGUGUCAUUGAAGCUGUGAGCUCUGCCUGCCAGUCUCAGACCAGUGUCCUGGAGGGAGUCUCUUGUCAUGAUUUGCAGAAAUUUGGCAGCCUUGUGUCUGCCGUGAUCACCAAGUCCUGGCCCAGGAACAAUGGAGAGGCCGUGGACGACCUGGAUGAGAUUCUUAAACAUCUGCUCACGGGGCCAGAUGUGAAGCAGCUCUUCAAGUUGUAUGGGACGGAUGAGAAGCUGUUAGACAACCUCACAGAGGACGCCAAGAGGUUGAUGGCUGCUGCCAACUCUGUCUUCAUGAAGGUGGCUGGUGACGUCCUAGAUGGGUCUAUAUUGAUCGGACAGUUGGAGCUGAUCCUGAAGCACAGAACCCAGUUUCUGGACCUGUGGCAGUUAGAGAAAAAGAGUUUUUCAUUCCAAGAGGGAAAAUGUGACAUGAAGGAGACCCUGGAGUGGAGGAGGGGAGAAGUCGUGUUUCUGAAGAGCGAGAAGAGACAGGUGGACAGCCUCCUGAGGCUGAGCAGGAAGGUGAAGCACCUCGUCCAAGGUUCCAGUUUUCCCCGGGACCAGGAGUACACCCAGAUCUGCAGAAACAUCAACCGGGUGAAGAUCUGCAUGGAGACGGGCAAGAUGGUGGUGCUGCUGAACCUGCAGCACCUCUACGAGAGCCUGUACGACGCGCUCAACCAGUACUACGUCUACCUCGGGGGCCAGAAGUACGUGGACCUCGGGCUCGGCACCCAUCGCGUCAAGUGUCGGGUCCACCCCGACUUUCGCCUGAUUGUCGUCGAGGAGAAGAAUGUGGUGUACGAGCAGUUCCCCGUGCCCCUCAUUAACCGGCUGGAGAAGCACUACCUGGACCUCAGCUCGGUGCUGCAGGGGUGGCAGAAGAGCAUCGUGCAGGAGCUCACGCGGUGGGCAGAGCAGUUUGCUAAUGUAAAGGCCCAUCAUCAGUUCCUGGCUGGGCACAAGUACAGCCCUGCUGACGUCUUCAUCGGCUACCACUCCGACGCCUGUGCCUCUGUGGUGCUGCAGGCUGUGGAGAGGCAGGGCCCCGGGGACCCAUCAGAGGAGCUGUACCACAGGGUGUUCGAGGAGGCCAAGCGGAUCCUGCUGGACUGCGCCACGCCGGAUGCCAUGGUGCGGCUGAGCACCUCUGCGCUGGGCUCGUUUGCUGCACAGUCGCUGUCGCAGGAAUACUGGAACAAGCAGCAGCACCACUCCUUUGCCGAUUUCCUCCAGGCCCACCUUCGCACCGCAGACCUGGAGCGUCAUGCCAUCUUCACAGAGGUCACCACCUUCUCCAGACUGCUGACGAGCCAUGACUGCGAGGCCCUAGGGGCGGACGUGAAGGGCUUGGCCCCGAAGCCCGUGAUCCUGUCACUGCAACAGUUUGACACUGAGUACUCGUUCCUCAAGGAAGUCCGAAGCAGCUUAGUGAAGACGGCCAGAUGUAAAAUCCUCAUCGUCCAGAUGGAUUUUGACGACGGCGCUCACAGUGCUCAGCUGGUUGCGUCAGCUAAGUAUUCUGCCAUCAAUGAAGUCAACAAAAUGCAAGGAACUCAGGGCUGUGUCUUCAUCUAUUUCAUCACAAAACUGUCCCGCAUGGGCAGCGGAGCAUCCUACGUGGGAUUCCAUGGAGGACUGUGGAGGUCUGUGCACAUCGAUGACCUCCGGAGGUCCACAGUCAUGGCCUCUGAUGUGACCAAGCUGCAGAGUUUCACCAUCAGCCAGCUGUUCAUGCCAGGAGGCAGCCCUGAGCUGAAAGGCAACCAGGAGGAGGUGAUGGAGGCAGAAACCAGCAAGUCAGGGGAGGUGACAGAAGAGGAAUUGGAAAGGGAAGGUCCUGAGGAGAUGGGGUGUGAGGCUGCGGAUCUGAGGGACAGUGAUGCACAGGUCCUGGACACCACCCGACUGCUGCGGAGCUGUGUGCAAAGUGCCGUGGGCAUGCUCCGGGACCAGGAGAGCUGCCCGCGCAACGUGAGGAGAGUCACCGUCCUCCUCAGCCUCUUGAGCGGAGUCGGCAGGUGCAGUGCCGCGUUCUUGCGGAUAUCCAAGGAGCGCCUCUCUGUCCUUCUGAAGAAGCAAGAAGAGAACCAGCUCCGCAGUCUGAAGGAGUGGGUGGGGCGAGAGGCUGCGAACCAGGACGCGCUCCAGGAGGCCGGCACCUUCAGGCACACCCUUUGGAAGCGAGUCCAAGGCAUGGUCACCCCUCUGCUGGCCAGCAUGAUCUCUUUCAUCGACAGAGAUGGCAACCUUGAGCUUCUGAUCAGAGCACACUCCCCAGUCUGGGUCCAGGACAUGUGGAUGUUUAUUUUCCGUGACACUAAGUUCCUGAAUAUUCCGCUUGUGCUGAAUAACACAAGAUCCAAGAGUGAGAUGUCCUCCAUUGUGGUGCAGAACCACAUGAGCCUUCCCGAGGGAGCUUGCAGCAGCGUCCCCUUCAGCUGGAGAAUCAGGGACUAUCUGGACGAGCUCUGGGUCAAGGCCCAGUAUAUCACGGAUACAAAAGGACAGUCAGAGAAGUUAGUGGAAAUUUUCCAGCAGACUCCCCUGGGCAUGUUUCUUGCCCAAAUCCCUGAAGAUCAGCAGCAAGAGCUGGUUCAGUGCUACUCAAGGGACUUCCUGCUCUUGACCAUGAGAGUGUCCAACCAAGAGGAGCUGGAGUUUCUGCAGAUGGCCCUGUGGUCCUGCGUCUGUGAGCUGCGAGCAGCCUCAGGGAGGCCGGAGGACGGGCUCUGCUUGCCAUGGGUGCACCUGGCCUAUCAGCAUUUCAGGACGCGGCUGCACAACUUCUCCAGAAUCGUGACCACCCACCCGCAGGUUCUGCAGAGCCUCACUGAAGCGGCACAGAAGCACGACAUCGUUGGCAGUGAGAUGACACUGGAUGUGUUGGCCGCCGUGGCCUGUGCUGAAAUGCUGACGGGAGACACCCUGAAGCCGAGUGCCCAGGCCUGGCUGCAGCUGGUGAGGAAGCUGUCCAUACCGCUGGAUCUCGUGUGCUCCGACGGGUACUUGCAAGGCAGCGGGAGCGUGGCCAGAGCUGUCGCUGCGGAGCUCAGGACCCAGUGGAAUCGGGUUUUCCCCCUUGCACUCUUUGUGGAGCACGUGCUCCUGGGGACUGAGAGCCAGAUUCCUGAGCUGUGCCAGCUGGUGACCAAGUACGUCUUCUCACUGGACAAGUGUCUUCAAGAGAACUCCAACCUCAAGACCCAGAGGCCUUUUAUGGCUGUGAUGACCACUCUCUGCGAGUGCAAGGAGCAAGCUAGCAAGAGCCUGGCCAGGUUUGGAGUGCAGCCAUGCCCCAUCUGCCUGGGAGAUGCUCAGGACCCUGUGUGUCUGCCCUGUGACCAUGUGUACUGCCUGCCUUGCAUCAAGAGCUGGCUCGUCCCCGGGCAGAUGAUUUGCCCCUACUGUUUAACCGACCUGCCUGACAAGUUCUCUGUGACAGUUUCCCGAGAGCACAGGGUGGCCAUUGGGAAACAUGCCCAGUUCCGGCAGAUGUGCAACAGUUUCUUUGUGGACCUGGUUUCUACUGUCUGCUUCAAAGACAAUACCCCUCCCCAGAAGAGCGUGAUUGAUGGGCUGCUGUCUCUACUCUUCGUGCAGAAGGAGCUCUUGAGAGAUGCUCCCCAGCGACACCGGGAACACACGAAGUCUCUCUCACCAUUUGAUGAUGCCGUGGAUAAGACUCCCGUCAUUCGCUCCGUGGUGCUGAAGCUGCUCCUGAAGUACAGCUUCGAUGCAGUGAAAGAUUACAUCCAGGCCUACUUGUCCCUGUUAGAGAAGAAGGCGUUCAUCACUGAAGACAAGACCGAACUGUACAUGCUCUUCAUCAACUGCCUGGAAGAUUCAAUUCAGGAGAAGACCAGCGCUUACUGCACACAGAGUGAACUCCAGUGCCUGAGGGAGGAAGGCCGUUUCCUCCAGACCUGCUCCUCAGGGAGACGAGGCCAAGGACCUGCCACUGCAGCAUCUGUCGAGUACCUGCAGGAGGUGGCCAGGACCCGCCUGUGUCUUGACAGGGCUUCUGACCUCCUCUUGGAGAUUCAGGAGGGCUCAGAGCUGGCUGAGGAACAGCAGUGCUACCUGCGGCACGUCGAGCAGUUCUGCACCCGGGCGGGGAACGACUGGCACCGCGUGUACCUGGUCCGGAGGCUCGCGAGCCUGCGUGGGAUGGAGUUUGUGCAGAGCCUCUCCAGGCAGGGCCGUCAGUGCCAGUGGGUGUUUCCCAAGGGAGUCACUGCACAGCAGAAGGACCACACGGGCCAGAUGGACCGAUACCUGGUGUAUGGGGAUGAGUACAAGGCACUUCGUGACGCGGUGGGCAAAGCCAUGCUCAAGGGCAAGGCCCCCAGCCUUGAAGCUGCUCUGACGGCCUGCAGGAGCCCCGGAGCUCGACAGGUGGUCUACCUGCUGCUGGUGCUGUACCGAGAAGUGGCUGCUCUCCACUGCUCCCGCAACAAGGACCUCCACCCUAAGCCAGAGCAGUGCGAGGCUGUGAGCCAGUUCAUUGAAGACAGCAGGGUCCUGUCUCCUCCGGGGGUCAGGCCUUUCGCAGCAUCCCUCGUGAACAACACUCUGCCCUUGCUGAGCACGGGCCCUGGUGUCGAGAGCCUUGAAGGAACAGUGACAGAAAUGGCUGUUCAUGCUGCAGCUGUCCUUCUGUGUGGACAGAGCGAAGUCUUGGCCCCUUUGCGGAACUUGGCCUUCUCCCCGGCCAGCAUGGCGAAUGCUUUUCUUCCAACGAUGCCUGAAGACCUGCUAGCUCAAGCCCAGAAGUGGAGAGGUCUGGAAGGCGUCCGCUGGUACAAUUGUCCCAACGGUCAUCCGUGCUCUGUCGGAGAGUGUGGCAUGCCGAUGGAGCAGGGCUCCUGUGUUGACUGCGGUGCUCUCAUCGGAGGUGUCGACCACAAACCUCACGCCGGCUUCCUGAGCAUCAGAGCCAACACAGACAGAACCAGGACUGGCCAUGUGCUGGGCCACCCGCAACACAGAGGUGUCGUAGUGGUGUCUGACCGAGAGCUGUCCCCCGUGGUCUUCAUCCUCAUCCGGCUACUCACUCAUUUGGCUAUGCUUCUGGGAGCCACCCAAAGUCCCAAGGCCCUGAUAAACAUCAUCAAGCCUCCAGUGAGGGACCCAAGAGGAUUCCUGCAGCAGCACAUCCAGAGAGACUUGAAGCAGUUAACAAAGACACUGGGGAAGAGUGCCGACGAGACCACCCACGUGGUCCACCUCAUCCUGCGCUGCCUUCUCAAAGAGCAGUGCUCACUCCCUGGCCAGAGGCAUUUAAAUUUUGAUGCGGAAUUGUCAACCAAAGAACGGAGAAACAAUUGGGAAAAACAUGUUGCAUCUCUUCUUCUACCUGAACUGGAGCAUCUAGACAAGACCCUGCUGACUGUGAGCACGCUCAUCAGCCAGGAUGAACGUGUCAGCUCCAACCCCGUGGCCAAAAUCAUAUAUGGUGACCCAGCGAACUUCCUGCCCCGACUGCCCCAGAAAAAUGUGGUUCAUUGCUCAAAGAUUUGGAGCUGCAGGAAGAAGAUCACAGUCGAGUACCUCCAGCAUGUUGUGGAGCAGAAGAACGGCAAGGAGAUGGUGCCCAUGCUCUGGCAGUUCCUGCAAAAGGAGGCAGAACUGAGACUGGUGAAAUUCUUGCCUGAGAUUUUGGCCCUGCAAAGGGAUCUGGUGAAACAAUUCCAGAAUGUUCCAGAAGAUGAAUACAGUACCAUCAGGAGUUUUAUUAGCAGUCACAGUUCAGAUGGGCUGAGGCAGCUGUUCCACAACAGGAUCACCAUCUUCCUGUCCACGUGGAAUGCGCUGAGGCGAUCACUGGAGACCAACGGUGAAAUCAAGUUACCCAAAGAGUACUGCAGCUCCGACUUGGAUUUGGACACAGAUUUUAAGGUCAUCCUGCCCCGGCGUCAGGGCCUGGGUCUCUGCUCAACUGCAUUAGUCAGCUACUUGAUUAACCUACACAAUGAAAUCAUCCACACAGUGGAGAAGUUCUCCAAGGAAAACAACAGCUAUUCCGUGGAUGCCUCUGAGGUCACUGACCUGCAUGUCGUCAGCUACGAAGUGGAGCGGGACCUGAUUCCACUGAUUCUCUCCAACUGCCAAUACCAAGUGGAACAAGGCGGGAAGACCUCACAGGAGUUCGACCUGGAGAAGAUCCAGCAGCAGAUUAGCAGCCGCUUCCUCCAGGGCAAGCCCUUGCUGACCCUCAAGGGGAUACCCACGCUGGUGUACAGACAUGACUGGAACUUCGAACAUCUCUUCACGGGCAUCAAGAACAAAAUGGCACAGAGCCCCCUCCCCAGCUCGGCCAUAGGUGCCAUCAGUGGACAACUGCAGUCCUACAGCGAUGCCUGUGAAGCCCUGUCUGUUGUAGAGGUCACUCUGGGCUUUCUAGGCACAGCUGGUGGGGAUCCAAAUAUGCAUCUGAAUGCGUACGUCCAAGAUAUCCUUCGGAUGGGUGAUCAAACGACUCCAGUUCUAGAGGCCUUAAGCAGGGGUCAGUUAAAACACGCUAUUGCCCUCUGGCAGUUCCUCUCUGCUCAUAAGUCGGAACAGCUGCUGCGACUGAAGAAAGAUCCCUUCCGGGAAAUCAGUUCUAUGUUCAAAGCCGACCUCAGCCCAGAAAGUGCUAAGCUCCUCAGCACCUUCCUGAAUCACACAGACCUGGAUGCUUUCCUCCUGGAGCUCCAUGAAAUGAUGGUGUUGAAACUAAGGAACACCCAGACCCAGGACAGCUUCAACCCCGAAUGGAGCCUGAGGGACACUCUGGUGAGUUACAUGGAAACUAAAGACAGUGACAUUCUUCCGGAAGUGGAAUCCCAGUUCCCAGAAGAGAUCCUGCUGUCUAGCUGCGUGUCUGUGUGGAAAGCAGCAGCUGCACGGAAACAGGACCGGCAAGCAAGAUAGGACUGUCCACUCUGUUUCUGGAUACACUGCAGACACGGCUCCCUCCCCUCUCUGUGCCUCUGGGGGCACCUGGGAGGAAAGUGUUGGCACAGCACUGAAGUCAAGGCCAGCACGUAAUGUGCCAGCUUACAGCUUUUUUGAAAGCCAAGCCAUUUCUGGAACACAUGCAGAUUCCAGAAUUCUCGUGUUAUAUAUGAAUACUGUUCAGUAAGUGGUGAGGAUGGCAAUUAUUUGGAAAUGGAAAUCACCUGCCACCCUGUGCAUUUGAAGAACAGAAACGAAGGGGCACACCAGCAGAGACCUGUGUCGGGCCUGCAGCCUCUUCCUCCUACUGCCACACAGGCAGAACACAGGCGUGUUGGUCUUUUCUUCUACUCUAUUCUAUUCUGCGCACAUAGAAGAGAAUCUGUUUUUCUUUUCUCUUCCAGUCUCUGAAAUUCUGCAUACUGUGCCCAUAUUUCUUGGGUUCUAAGAUGUGAAAAAAGCACCACUUUCAUCUUCUCACUAACACAAGGAAAGCCAGGGUGUCCGCACUUGCCUUAAGACCACAUGAACAAACACCAACCAGACUGUGAGUCACUGCCAGAUUCCAAAAGGUCAGAGCCAACAAAUCUGUGACGAGCAUGGGAUUCAGGACAUUGCUAGGGUUUUGGUUUCCCCAUGAAUAAAAUGGAGUCUACUGUCAGUCAGAGCUCCUUCUGGUUUUUGUAUCUUCAGCUUAUAAAUGAAGUUCAUCAGAGGCAGCUCCUGGUGAUGCCAUGGGGAGUUCUUGGCUGUGGGUGUUGUACUAUGUAAGCAUGCAGUCUUGGUGUCUUGGUGCCAGGUCAGCUUCCCUGAGUAUGUGAAUUCCCAGUCCUUUCUUUGGAUCUCUACUGCACCAUAAAAACUGAGCCUCAGAGAGAGUACAAAACCAGUUCCGUUUCUGAAAAAGGGAAAAUACUUGCCCUGAUCUUGUGCUGCCUUUUUCAUUGUAAGUUUUGUCUCCUUUUGAAACCUCUGGAUGAAUUCCUGUUCCUCACAGCUCAGGGCCCAUUUGCAGUGGGAUCAGGAUACCAGCCAUCCACACCUUGGAGGCCCUGUCUUUCAUGUACAUUCCAGAUAAGUUAGGGAUCCAAUCAGGCCUGUACUUUUGAGCUACAGAAAUGCAAGAGGGGUGAAGGGCACAGCUCAGUAGUGCUUGCCUCACGUUCACAAGGCACCUCCCUGUGCACACCUGCAAAGGCAGGCAUAGAAGCAACUGCAGUUCCUCUCCAUGAAUGAGCCCCCAGCGUCUGCAGAAGGAAGUGCAGUGACGGACCUUGGGUAGUAGCUGCUUUCACAGAACAUGUGCUUGCAUUUAGUGAGCUGUGAACAUUCCACUUCCCCUCCCACCACAUCCCUGCCUAGCAGAACCAGAGCACUUGGCCUUGGGUGCCUGGGGGUCAGGGUGUAGCUUGCCAGGGCCAGCAGGUCCUCACUGCCACACCUUCACAGAUAGAAUCAGGUGUCAAGUUCUUGAUGUGAAGACCCUUUUUCUCCCUUUGACCUGGGCAUUUUUUUCUGUUAUGUUUUAUUUUAGAUGCUAUGCUUUCAAAGCCUUAACUGUCAUAUCUAGCAUGAUUUAUACAAAAAUACACUGGAGCAGAGGCAAAAGUAAAUUUCAUUAUACUUGUAAUGCUUUUUUAAUAAACUUGAUUUCUGUUGCUAAAGGA